AUGGCGGAAGGAGAAGGAGAAGAAGAGAGCUACUUUCCCGACCACGUCGUGGAAGGCAUCGACGAAGAGGCUAGUGGAGAAACUGAUGAUAAACUCUCCUCAUUACCAGUAGACUCAACAUCAGAGGAGGAGGAGGAGGAGUCAGGGUCUUAUGAUGAAGGACUGACUGGGUCUACCCCUCCAUCUAAUAAUCGGUUGCAUAAAAUGUCACGUCGUGGACACAAGUACAAGACGUCGCGAAAGAUUAUGUCUUCUUCAUCUGAGAACCAGUCGCCGUAUAGAGUUAAGGAUAUUACUAGAGCAAAAUCAGCUGAUUGGUCUGAAUCAGUAUCGACGCCUUCUGAUUCCUCGAUACAUAAACGAUAUUCAUUGACUGGCGAGGGAGAAGAGAUCAGUAGCGAAUCAUGUCAAGUCUCGUCGUGUGACAAGAAGAAGAAAGAAAAGAGCAGACAGAUGGAGCGUAAUGUCAAAUCAGCAAUAAAUCAUCCAGAAAUGAGCACCUCACCAUCGUCCACUGCUAAUUAUACGAACACUGAACCACCACGACCCUCUUUCUCAAGUCCCUCUCCCUCUAACCCACCUUACCCUGUACUAGCACACUCACAUUCCUCCCCUCCUCCCUCCUCACACCCUCCUCCCUCACACCCUCUCCCCUCUCACUCUCCCUUACCCCCUCCCUCUUCUCCUCCCCCCUUACCCCCUCCUUCUCCCUCUCACCCUCCUCCCCCCUCUCACCCUUCCUCCUCUCCUUCUCCUUUAUCUUAUAAUGUUCCUCCUCUUUCAUCUUACCCUCUUCCCCCACGUAACCAAUCACCAUCAGUCGAUACGUCCCUAUAUCCUCCUCCUAUUGAUCCUCAUUAUUUACCUACCGGAGACUCACCUCUGCUUUAUCCUCUGCCUCACUUAUCUCCAGGGACCUACAGCUCCAAACUCUCCUCUAGUCCCUAUCCUUCUAAGCUAGGGAAGGUUGGUUCUCCUAAUCCUAUGCUUUCUCCUGGAAUCCCUUCACACAUGCGGCCAUCAUUCUCUUAUACAACUGAUAAUAUCAUUCCGUAUUACUCCCUCUCCUCUCUCUCUCACGCACCCCCUGGUGUCAGUAUAGAGAGGUCACAAUCUGAUGCACAGUUAUCUCUUACUCUCUCCUCCUCCUCCUCUCACUCCAUGCACUGUCCUCCCGAUAGGAAGCAGUUCUAUCGUAACUUUUCCAAGAGACUCAAAAUGAUAGCAAAGCGUCAGCAGCAGUCUAGUACCCAGCCAGGCCAUAUCCCGAGACAGCACUCUGAGGAUCUCAAUGCUAAGAAUCCCUUUGGUCCCGAUAACGAGCAGCUAAGGAUGGAACUGAGAGCUUACCUCAAUAACCACACGCUAGAGGACCAGGAGGAGGCAGACUAUCAGCUCCAGUGUGAGAGUGGCAGUAUACUCUAUCGGAUCAUCCAUUACUCUUUCUCUUCCGACUCUACACUUAGUGGAUACUUCCGUGGCUUAAGUGAGUCAGCAAAGAGUCUUCCAGCUCAACUGAACGAGCUAAAGAGAGGGAGCCUUAGACGGAGGAAGAUGAUGCCAUUACAGGAGAACAAAGAAGAGGAGGAGGAGGUAGAGGAGAAAGGAGAAGAAGAAGAAGGGGAUGAGACUCCAUUGACGUCCAUUAAUAAUCCGUCAGUUAGGUGGGAGGAUGGAGGAGGAGAGACUGAGGGAGAAGAUGACUACGGGCCUCAGACACUCACCCAGCAAGAGUCUAAUGAUUCUGAUGCUUCAUUGGUCGAGUUUAGCUUUGAUAACUUCCUGAGUGAAGAGCAGUUGCAGGCCAUUGAAGAUGUGGACUCGCUACUCUCUGAUCUAGAGAGAGUCGAGCUAUUAUAUGCCAGUAGUAAGAGGGUUGUUGAUAAGCAAUAUCAACAAUUGCCUUUCAAGAGACGCAGAGCUGCACUGGUCCUCUGGCUAAAGAUCACGGAAGGACUCGCAAAGCAUUUAGUAAACCUUUCUAAAUGGUUUGGAGUCAUUAUUAACCCAGUGAGACGCUCAGAAGAUGACCCAAUCCCUUGCAACGUAGAACCUGGCACACCUUCUCGUCAAGGAUCUGGUGGUUCUGGCGGGAACCCUCCUCUCCCAACUCCUCCUUUGUUUACGAGUGAGAUAUCAGUUGAUCCUGAAGAGUCCCUUUCACUCAGUGCUCUCUCCUUCGCCAGCUCUUUCUUCCAAACACAAAACUCCAUAUCCAGCUCAAGAGGCACUCUACAGCGUCUCUUCUCAUCUCGUAAUAUCUACUCGAUUGACGAGGAGAGAGUGUCAUCCAAAGGCUACAGCCGUUUUGUUGAUCAGGUACUCAAGAGAAAGAGUCUGGAUUGGCUGAUAGAGAAGCUUAUAAAGUCUAUCAAGCCGAUACUCAAGACUGCCAAAGAAGCAAUGAAACAGCUUGAGGUCGAAGAAGAUAAGUCGGAAGACAGCGACAGUGAAGAUAAUAGCUCUUUUUUAGAGAGACUGUCCCCGUUUCGUCUUAUUCACUUUGGAGGUGUUAGUACUCCAGGGCCUGCUCAAAUGAAGCGUGCUAGCAGCGUUGCCCCUAAGUGCUGGAAUGAUGAGUUUCAGGACAUGAAUCUUCCGCCAUUUGCUGAACAAUAUCUUCGUCUAACCAGAGUUCCAUUGGAUAUAAUGCAGGAGUCUAUGAGACUGCGUACUGAAGUGAACAAGAGUCCAACUCCUUAUUCUGUUGGGAUGUUGGUGCAAGAGUCCUGUGUUACGCUCAAAAAGGCGGUGAGGGUUAGGAAGUUUUAUCGCUCAAAGGUACGUCUCUUGAUAGCCAAUGAUCCUAGCGGAGCUGAACUGGUUGAUAAUGACAUGGCUUGUUAUGAGAAGCACCUUCAAAGUGUCUUACAGUUGUAUUUCUCUUACGUCGAGCGCCUUGUUCAAGUCAGUUCUACAGACAGGAACCUCUUGGAGUCUCAAUGGGAGAUAACCAAAGACAUAUGUAAUGAUAUAUCCACCGGAGAGAUUGAAGCUGGACUAAGAUUUUGUUCAAUGGCGUCACAACUCAUAGAGAACCUUGAAGUAGACCUCAAGUCUCGAAUCGAUGACUGCUGUGAUAAACUGCAUGAGCAUUCCAACAACCUGGAUGAUCCUGAUGAAAGAAAGUACGUACAUGACAUGUAGCAAUAGUCACUAUAG